AUGAGGGCCUGUUUGGUAUUCAUUUGCUUCCUGGCAGCAACGUUUGCCUUGUCUGUGAGUAAAUAUUUAUUCCUAAUUUAAACUUUGCCUAUAACAAAAAAUGUGAGAUUUUUGAAUGUGCAGCCAUGAUUAAAGGGAUAUUACACCGUAAAAUUAAUUUGGGUUCAAACACACUGUAACACCGAGAUAGACACCCCCUCGAGAGAUGAAUGUUGCCGACCGCUUGCUUCUCUAGUUAUACCAAUAAACAAACCUCAACCAACAGCACCUAACUUCAUCAACAGUACAUAUAGGGUCCUAUCCACAGCACUAGCCACCAAACAUCUUUGCCUAAUUUCUAUAGCAAAGAGACUAAAAGAAACUCACCUACCCUUUUAUAGCAGCCGCUUGUUUGUAGGACUGCAGCGGGGUGAUGCAGCUCAAGGAAGAACAUUUAUGAUCAUUAAUUUUCUUCAUGGAAAUGCAAUCAGACCGAGAUGCUAAGACAGAAGAACUACAACGUCUGCAGUGCAAAAUGAUUAAUAUGAUGAUUAUUACGUCAAGGAAAUGAUAAAGAAAUGAUCAUAAAUGUUCUUCCUUGAGCUGCUUCACCCCGCUGCAGUCGAUGAUGGUCUGGUUGAGGUCUCGCUACAAACAAGCGGCCGCUGGAAGAGAGUAGAUGAGUUGUGUUUAGUCUCUUUGCUAAAGAAAUCAGGCAAAGUUGAAAAGAUGUCUGAUGGCUAGUGCUGUGGCUGGGACCCUAUAUGUACUGUUGAUGAAGUUAGGUGCUGUUCUGAGAAUUAUUUGUGGCUAUACAGUGGCGUUUUGGUUGAGGUUUGUUUAUGGCUCCUCAGACCGCUGUGUAUUGCUAUUGUGCGGUCGUUACUAAAGAUGGUAUAACUAGAGAAGCAAGCGGACGGCAACAUUAAUCUCUCAACGGGGUGUCUAACUCAGUGUUACGGUGUGUUUGACUCUAACUGAAUUUUACGCCGGAAUAUCCCUUUAAAUCAAUGUUGAUCAUUAAUGCCCCUAUUUACUGCAGGUCAACAGCAAGCCUCAUGGAAAACGUCAUGGACUGCGAAAGAAUUCCCACCCAGCCAAAGAAAAGGUAGAGCAGGGCACUAAAUAGAUGUAUCCAAAAACAUUUUUAUUUAUCUAUUUAUUUAUUCAUUGUACAAUAAAAAAUUCUUCAUUUGUUUUUCCAAAACAAAAAAGGAUGUUAUUACAGAAGAGGCAAACAAGCCAGAGAUCUUGCCCACUUUAGUUCCUAUUGAGGCCAGCAGCCAGGAGCAGGAAGAUGAAGAACUGAGCUCUGAAGACAACGGCAAUGCUAACAAGGAGGAAGAGGAGUUUCAACUGACAGAGAGGAACGACAAAAGCUCUGCGGUCCUGCUGAGUGAAGAAGAACUGGUUGACCUCCUGAAGAGAGAGGCGAAGGAAGAGCAGGAAGCAGAGGAAAGAGAGCUGGAGGAAGAAGAAUUGGAGUCGGAGAAAGUCAAGGUGGAGACAGAUGAGGAUGAGGAAGCCGAGGAGAAGAAGCUGAAUGAUGGACUGAAGACUGAGGAAGAUAUAAAAGAGGAGACCAAUGAGGGGGAAGGAGUUAAAAAAGAGAGUGCUGAUGAUGAUGAGAAAAAAGUGGAGGAAGUAGAAGAGGUGGAGGUGGAACAGAUGCCCCAGAAGAAAAAAGAGAAGAUACAGGAGGAAAGUGAUGGCAGCACAGAGUCAGAGAUCCCAGCUGAUCUUGACUAUGCUGCAGACGGUAGCAUCCUACAACCUCUACAGAUUGUUCCUACAAAAUUAAAAUCCCUUCCAGAUGACAUCCAGCCUCUCUCACAAACAGAUGCAAAGGAGACAGAAACCACUGCUGCAGAUGAUUUUGAACACGAGGUACAAAACACAGAGGCAGCAAGCAGUGAAGAGGAGUCUGAUGGAGACAUGAUGAACAAACACCCAAAGGCCCAGUCUAAAGGUGAAAGCGCAGGCAAGAAAGAAUCAGCAGAAAAUGUGGACCCCCAAGAACCAAAGAGUGGGACUGAGUUUGAUACAGAGUCUCGACCAGCUGUGGAAGGAGAAGAGAAAAGUAAGAAUGAGAGCGGUAGUCACAGCAAGGGGAAAACAAGGAAGCAGAAGAAGAACCAGAGGGCGAGGAAGCACUCUCCACAGAGUGACGAAACGCAGCCUGCACAGGAGCCCAGCCGGCAGGAUGACCAGGAGGCCGAGGGUGGCAACAUUGAUAACGCUGUUCACAAGACCAAGAGGAGGAGGGCAGGAAAAUGGGUAAUGUAAAAUCAAUCCUGAUAUUUUGAUCUUUUGAAGAAGCUCUUAUCAAUAGUUUUAUGUCAUAAAUAAAUGAUCACAUGCACUCCAAAAAUCAAAAUAGAAUUCUAGGGGAGAGUGGGGUAAGUUGAGCCACCCCCUGUUGCUUGGAAAAAGUAAAAGAAAUUGAUCAUGUGACCAAAUAUUUAGGAGGUGAGCAUCAAUACAUGGGUGAAGGAGUUAGACAUUUAUUUCCAAAAAAAACCCAACAUUUUUUUACUCUUGAAAGUGAAUUUAAUCUGUCAUAAGUUUUAUUAGAAUUGUGUUCGGAUCAAAAAAGAUCAUUUUGAAUUUGUUUUAUACAUCAAUUGUGGUAUCUAUGAGCUACAACAUGAGGUCAAAAACCUAGCGUAAAAGUCCACCAUUUUAGCUUAGAGGACUAAUAAAGUCAUCAUAGUAGUUCUGGGGUAAGUUGAGCCAGUGGCUUAACUGAGAAAGUAAAGGAGUCUGAUGAGAGGAUCAGAGUUUCAGUUCAGAUUGUUAAAAUGUGUUACUUUUCCUUUUAAAAAUACAGCUGUGAAUGUUCUGAAUCACUUAAAGACAUUCUCAUGUUAAAAGGCUCUUUUACAAAACAGCUUUUAGCAGUUAAAUGCAAUAAUAACAAAAAGAAUUAAUGUACAAGAUACACUAGUUAGAGACAGAACUAUGAUCACCUUGAUGUAGUGAUCAAAAAUAUGAAAAAUGGCUCAUCUUACCCCACUCUCCUCUACCUCAAAUCUGCAUCGAUAGAAAGCUGAUCAGAAAUAUAUGAAAUUGUCAUGUUGGAGGUCCUGGUAUUCAUAUAGGCUAUGGUCCUGAAUCCUCGCUCUUACAUCCUGAUCAGUGCAGAAUUGAGUUUAACAUCCUGCACAGUUGGGUCACUAUCUGAAUUUAAGAAUUUAGAUUCCUUGAAAUUGAAGCUAACCUGAUCUGAUCUUGAAAUCAGUGUUGUUGACAAUCUAAUGCUCAUAGCUUUGCGCGAUAGGAGAUUCUACUUGUGUUUAAUUUUCUUAAUUUGUUAAAAUUUCUCUACAAAAGUAAAUCUCAGCCUUAUAAAUUAAAAAAAUAAAUCACAUCCUGACAUUUCCUGUGUAUUUUUCCAGGGUCCUUUGGUAGGAAUGAAUCCAGUACAGAUAAGAGCCACAGUGGAUCUCUACCCUAGUUCCAGGUCCUCUUUGGGUGGAGGCGCUCAUCGCUCAGAUGCCCCCGAGGGUUUGUCACUACACUGACUAAUGUGUUAUCCCAACAGCCUCAUUGUGGAAUCUGCUGACCAGACCACUCUGCCCUAAAACUUCUGCAUGAGCAGUGUCACCCAGUUUCAUGGUCACUACCAAAACACAACUCUGUGGGCUUAAGGAGAGAAUGAUAGAGAUCAAGUUGAAUUUAAUCACUGUACCAACUCAAAUGGCAGAGGAAUGUAGGAAAGGGCUUGUUGUGGUUGAAGCUUUAGGUUUCCAAUGAUCAAUCCACUAAACCGGGACUAAAAGGGAUUAUUGAUGCCAUUGGAUUUGAGUUCAUGGUGAAGGUCAACGCAGUACUUAUCUUUUUUUUCAGAUCCAUGUGACAACUUUCCCUGCAAACGUGGAAAAAUGUGUAAACUCGACCCAGACAACAAGCCAAGCUGUGUGUGUCAGGAGCCGUCAGAAUGUCCUUCCAGUGUGAAUGAGAUUGAUCAUGUAAGUGUGGAUAGAAAUCAAAUGUUUCUCAAAUGCAAUCGUUUGUAGUUGAUUUUUUUUUUUUAAUCACUUUUGGACAUUCUUCAAUUUUGUAGGUUUGUGGGACAGACAACAAAACGUACGACACAUCCUGUGAACUCUUUGCUACUAAAUGCAAACUGGAGGGCACAAAGAGAGGACAUAAACUUCAUCUGGAUUACACUGGGUCCUGCAAAUGUUAGUUACAAACUAGAAUCAUUGAUCUUUUAACUGAGGUAUGAUACAGUGUAGGUAACAUUUAUCUGUCUGUGAUCUUUUUCUCUGUUUUUCUCAGUAAUUCCUCAGUGUGUUGACACUGAGCUGAUCCAGUUUCCUCUGCGAAUGAGGGAUUGGCUGAAGAAUGUCCUUCUGCAGCUCUAUGAACACGACUCCAUGUCUCCUGGCUUCCUCACUCCUAAACAGAGAUUUAGAGUAAGAUGCACUGCUCAUAUAAAUAUAACUGUGACUCUGGGGAUGAUUGGUCUUAAAUUAAUCCAAAUAUGGUUCUCUGUGCUCUGUAGGUGAAGAAGAUCUUUGAGAGUGAAAGGCGUCUUCAUGCUGGAGAUCACUCUGUUGAACUGCUUGCACAGGACUUUGAGAAGAACUACAACAUGUAUAUCUACCCUGUCCACUGGCAGUUUGCUCAGCUGGACCAGCACCCCUCUGACAGGUACUAAGUACUUGUUUUUUUAAACUUCCUUCUGCCACAACCUUUAAAUUACACCUGAUAAGUCUUAACAUGGUACUUAUGAAAGGAUGUGUGUUCUGUACAAUACAAUGUACUAUGAUUGCUGUUAUUAUUUGGCCAUGGUGUAUAUUUGUUUUACCCAUAGACUGUAUAUAGAAUAGACAGCAUCUGCCUCCUCACUGGGUGAAGCCACAAAGAGAACAGCACCCUCUGGUGACAGGCUGCAGUAUAGGUCAUAAAUCCUGCCUCCUCCAGCAAUCCCUAUGGAGCUGUGGACAAACUUUAGAAAUUUAUUACACAGAAUAUAAUUUUUCUCCCUCUGUUUGGGAUUUUGACACGUAGUUACAGUAAGACUGGUUUGUGCUCAAGUCCUCUUUUUUCUGUAAAACCAUUUUUAAAAGUUAUUAGAGGGUUCAUGUUUUCUAUGAUUGACACUUGAUACAGCCUAUGGGCGUACAAGGAUUGUGUAGCUCACCUGGGGGAUACGCUGUUUGAGCCGAACGUCAUCACAGCGACUCUCGAUGACUCUCCCGCUGAAAGUGUACAAUGCAAGUGGUGGAUCCAGGAAGUGGAGAAAAUCCUGGAAAUACCGAGAGCUUUUUGACUUCAAAUUCGUAUAAUGACCGAAGGCAGAACCAAGUUGUUCAUAGUAUAAACAGUCUAUGGUUUUACCUAGUAUAUCAGCUGUAAGUUGAAAAAUAUAUGUAUUUGGAUUUCAUCUGGGUGAGUCGAUAAUUCUGUAGUUGUGACACUUUUAGCUGAAAAUUUUCUGGCGAUUUAUUCAUCUUGUACAGAGUGUUGUCCCACUCUGAGCUUGCCCCUCUGCGAGUCCCUCUGGUGCCGAUGGAGCACUGCACCUCUCGCUUCUUCCACGAGUGUGACGCUGACAAGGACAAGCAGGUAUCCUUUAAAGAGUGGACUUCCUGUUUUGGCAUCAAAGAUGGUAAGACCAACAUCAUAUCAUCAGCAUACAGUGAUUUAGACGCUCACUAAUUCAUGCUACAAUACAUUUUGUUUAUUUCAAUCAUUUAAUAAACUUUAUUAUAAACUUUAUAUAUAUAUAUAUAUUUACUUGAAUUUAUUUUAAAUAUACCAUGCUGUUCAUUAAAUCUUUUGAAACGUGACCAAUUCUGUUGUAAAUUUAUGAUUUAUCUAUGAUGGACACGUAUUCUUGUACCAUAGCGAAACUUAGGAAAACAAAUUUUUUUUUCACUCUAUUAAUGUGUGUUUUCUUCUUUUUUUUUUACAGAGGAUAUGGAUACCAACCUGCUAUUCUGA